UCCCCAAGUAUCACGAGUGUGUGACAGCAUGGGACAGGGGUGGCACAUUGAGAACCUAUAGCAGAUACGUAUUUCUCCUCUCUAGUUGUUUUUCUGUGGCUUUGUGGACAGUUUCUGAUCGUGUAUCUCUGAAGCUGUGAAUUCCAUGAAUUGGAAAGAAUACAUCUAGUUGUAGUCAAUUUUUGCUAUCUUUUAUAUUUUUGGAAGACUACAGCAACAGCUCCAGCAUCUUUGCCAGAAUGCCAUAUCUUCAUGCUGUCGGUUUGGCCCUUCUAGCUCUGGCAGGCUGGUGGUCCCUGUGUGCUGCUGAUGUGGGGGACUUCGCUCCAUGUCUGAACUUCUUCUACAGGUCUUGGCCCCCUAAGGGCCUGUCGGGGACCCCCAUCUGUCAGCGCUAUGGGAACCAGUACCACUUCGCCUCGCUAUACAGCCGCCCACGACGCUCGCCAUGGUUCUCUGCCUACAUGUUCAGCCCGCCAGAAGGGAAGAGGCCCUCAGCAAACUGGAAGUUUGAGCCACAGUUAGCCAACGCUACAGCAGACGGCAACAUGAUCCCCUUCCCUCUAGGUGAGCUGGACCCGAACGUGGUGAACAGCCAGGCUGUCCAGCUGGACUAUAUCAACUCCUCCUACACGCGGGGGCAUCUCAACCCCAGCCUUCACCACCGGACCUAUGAGGACCGCUCGUCCACCUUCACCCUGACCAACGUGGUCCCUCAGAAGGUCGGCUCCAAUGACGGGCCCUGGGAGACACUGGAGAAACAGGUCAACCAAACUCUGGGGUCCUACUGCCUCGGUGUGGCCUAUGUUGUGACAGGGGUUAUUCCCUACCAGGACAACAAGCACUGGAUCAAGGGUCAUCGAGUGGCGGUGCCAGAGUACCUGUGGUCAGCCUACUGCUGCCCUAAGUACAACGAGAGUCUACUUAACAAGGUUCAUCUUAGCAAGGUUUUCCCCACGUAUGCUGCUAUUGGACGCAACGACCCUAACAGCACAGAAGAGAUUGUGCCCAUUGUCAAAAGCAGUCACAAAAGGUUCUGGGGUUACGAUGUAAGGCGUAUGCCUCUGGAUACGUUGGAGAUGUACCUGAAGGAGCGAUUGGGGACCGUCAUCAGUGUGUUCUAUGAAAAAUGCUCUGGUUUACGAUGACCAAAUCUACCAUAUGCAUAUCUAAUAGAUGAUCAAGUUCAUGUUCUAAGGGAGAUGUAUUGUUAUGAAUCAUGUGUGCAUAGACAGCAAAAUUACAUUUUUUUCAAUCAAUUUGGCACUAAUAUCACAAGUAGUAUGUCCUCAAUUUUAGCACACAUGUGCUCUUAAAACUGUCAGGAUUGCUCAACAGUCUAGGUAAGAAGUAAAUCACGGACUUCAAAAAUAUGGUAACACUUUAUAUAUAACAGUGUCAAAAUAAUGUAAUACGCAUUAAAUGUGUCCCAAAUGUCAUAAUAAGAUGUCACUGAAUGUCAAGCUACAAGAGAAGCAUUGGAAACAGUUAUGACAUACACUCAGUUGCCAAUUAAUUAGGUACACCCAUCUAGUAUCGGAUCAGAUGCCCCUUUGCCUCCAGAACAGCCUGAAUUCUUCAGGGCAUGGAUU